AUGCCUUGCCUCAAGAAGUUUGAUAUUGACACCACCAAGCCUGUUCUUGUCACGGGUGGAACAGGAUAUGUGGCCGGAGUCCUCAUCUCUCAACUCGUUGAAAAGGGCGUCACCGUCCACGCUACGGUCCGUGACCCCUCAAAGACUGAUCGCCUUGCCUAUCUUCAGGAGAUUGCGGACAAUUCCCCAGGAUCCAUAAAGUUCUUCAAAGCUGACCUCACCACACAAGGAAGUUUCGAGGAGGCCAUGAAAGGAUGUUAUGCUGUGUUUCACACCGCAAGUCCCUUUUCGACUGACAUCAAGGACCCCGUGAAGGACCUUGUUGAACCAGCUGUCAUUGGAACUGAGAACGUUUUGCGCCAGUGCAACAAAACUCCUUCUGUGAAGCGUGUUGUCGUUACUAGCAGCGUGGUUGCCACCUAUACUGAUGCCGCAGAAACUAAGAAAGAGAAACCAACGGAUGAAAACAUCUGGAACCGUACAGCUUCGAUCUCUCAUGUUCCCUACAACUACAGCAAGACCGUGGCUGAGCAAACAGCGUGGGUGAUUGCAGGAAGCCAGACCCAGUGGCGUCUCUGUACCAUCAACCCCAGCAUGAUCGUGGGCCCAGGAGUCAAGUAUCAUGCCUCGUCUGAAUCCUACAAAAUUGUCAAGUCGUUUGGAUCCAACGAUCCCAACAUGGCCCUUGGAAUUCCCAACUUGGGAAUGGCUUGUGUUGAUGUCCGUGACGUAGCUGCUGCUCACAUUGCUGCGGCAUAUUUGGAUGAAGCGGGAGGUCGCCACAUUUUGAGCGGAUUCAAUGGCUCGUUGCCCCAGAUGGCGCAGGCGUUGAAGAAGUAUUCUAAGAAGUACCUCAUUGUGACAAAGAAGGUACCUUAUUUCUUCUCCUACUUGAUCUGGCUUGUCGCCCCCUAUACCGGCCAAGGCAUUGACCGCGAAUUCGUCAGCAAGAACUGGGGCUACGAGUGUUACUUUGACAACCGAAAGUCCAAGGAAGCUCUUGGUAUUGAGUACCGUCCCAUGCAAGAUAGCGUCCAGGAAAUGUACCAACAGAUGAUUGACCUUGAUGUCGUUUCUCCCAAGAAGUAG